AAAGAGCAUUUGGACUUGUUGUCGGAGUCUUGGUCACAAACACUACAGCAAUACCGAUAACAAAUUCUAAAUAUAGAAACAUGGGAAUAUAUAGGAACAAUACAAGAAAGAGGCAGGCAGACGUCACUGCUGAUUGGAAAGAGCUCCAAAAUUCAAAUUCGAACACUCUUCUUCUUCUUUUCUUUCUUCCUCAAUAAAAUAAUGGGCUAAACCUAAGCAUACAUGUCUUCUUUCCCUUCAUUUUAUUACUAUUUAUAUCAACCUCGACUGCUAAAACGACCAAAUUAUAAUUGCACAUACUUCCAUAAAUAGGCCGAGUUUGUGCAUUCAUUUCCCCUAAAUUAUUCUCUUCCUUAUUACACACAUCAAAUAUGGUAGGCAGAAAAGCAAGUGCAUGGGCAGCCACAAGCCCAUCUGGCCAUCUCUCCCCUUACACAUAUCAUCUCAGGGAAAUGGGUCCAGAUGACAUGGUGGUGAGGGUGAUGUAUUGUGGAAUUGACCACACUGAUCUUCAUCAAAUUAAGGGAGAACUGAAAAGCAAUACCAUCUACCCUUUGGUUCCAGGGCAUGAAGUGGUUGGAGAAGUGAUAGAAAUGGGAUCAAAAGUGAACAACUUCAAAUUGGGAGACCUAAUAGGUAUUGGAGGGAUCAUAGGUUCUUGUGGGGACUGUGAUUUGUGCAGCUCUCAUCAAGAACAAUACUGCAGCCACAGAAUCUUACCAUACAACGACGUAUACACCGACGGAACUCCUACACAGGGCGGAUUCUCAUCGACUAUGGUCAUUCAUCACAGGUUUGCAGUUAAAAUCCCCGAAAAAUUGGCACCUGAACAGGCGGCGCCGCUGCUAUGCGCAGGAGUGACAGCUUACAGUCCUCUCAAACAGUUUAAGCAUAAUUCCGAAAAGGUCAUCAAUGGAGGAAUUCUUGGCUUAGGGGGGGUGGGGCAUCUAGGGGUGCUUAUAGCUAAAGGUAUGGGGCAUCAUGUGACGGUGAUAAGCUCAUCGGAUAAGAAAAGAGACGAGGCUAUCGAUCACUUGAAGGCUGAUGCUUUCUUGGUAAGUUGUAAUGAAGAUGAAAUGAAGAAAGCUGCAAACAGCCUUGAUUAUGUUCUAGACACAGUGCCGGCUUACCAUUCGAUUCAGUCGUACAUUUCGCUACUGAAAGCAGAAGGGAAGAUAUUGAUGGUGGGAGCAUCUCCUCAGCCACUGCAGUUUCUAGCAAGUGAUCUGAUAUUAGGGAAGAAGACAGUUGCAGGUAGUUUCAUUGGAAGCAUGGAGGAAAUGGAGGAAUUGCUGAAGUUCUGGGUGGAGAAGGGCCUGAGAAGCUUGGCGGAGGUGGUGAAGAUGGAGUAUGUAAACAAAGCAUUGGAGAGGAUGGAAAGGAAUGAUGUUAGAUACAGGUUUGUGGUUGAUGUAGCUGGCAGCAAUCUCGAAGAAUGAUGGCUAUAUAUGAUCGACGAAUCCUUGUUCUUACAAGGAUUGAUUUGAGAAUACAGACAUGGAUUAUGCUA